GCAAUCCACUCUACUCACACUCGCUGGACUCUUGUAUGCCAGAGCCGGUUUGCCAGGAUGCCAUUCACACCUUCCCGGACUUGUCUCGCAUCGUUAUGAACACGACGUAUUACGAUGGUAACGCGACUGAAUACGAUUGGACGCUCGACAAAGGUAGCAUUAUCAAUACCAACUCUUCUGGCGGUGAGCUUGCUCUGCUCCUCACCGAAACCAACGGUGGCACCCGGCUCUCAUCCACUCGCUAUUUGCACUACGGCACUAUCACUGCUCGACUCAAGACCGGUCGCUGGGGAGGUGUGGUUACCGCUUUUAUCACCAUGUCAGAUAUCAAAGACGAGAUCGACUGGGAGUUCCCCGGAAAUGCUACUACCGAGGGUCAGACGAACUAUUUCUGGCAAGGAAAUAUUCCUGCUUGGCCGGCGACUCACGGUGCCACUAUUGGCAACCUCAGCUUCCUGACUGAUACGUUCGAGACUUAUCACGAUUUUACUAUUGACUGGCAAAUUGACACCCUUACCUGGCUCAUCGACGGUCACAUCGUGCACCAGGUCGUGGCCUCCGACACCGUUGUGAACGGCACGUCCAACUACCCUAACACUCCUUCUCGUAUCCAGCUGAGCCUGUGGCCCGCGGGUAUCCCAUCUGAGCCCACGGGCACCGUCAGCUGGGCUGGCGGCAUGAUCAACUGGCAGGACCCUGACUAUCUCUCUGCCGGACACUUCUACGCGCUCAUCCAGGGCAUCAACGUGACCUGUCAUGACCCGGCGGCCGCCACCAACGACACCACCGGCUACGUGUACGGCACGAACCAGAGCGCGUUCACGCCCAGCGUCGCGUUCUCGAACGCGAGCACAAUCAACGCAGCGCGGGGCAUGAUGGCGGGUGCCGCAGGGCCUGUCGGCGUCUGGACCAUCGCGUGUGCGGUCGUGUUCUCGCUCGUUGGCACGAUGUCGGCCUGAGGCGACCUCCAGCUGGUCUAGUUGCAGAGACGACACGCCGUUUUGGCGGUCGGUCCUCUGCGACGCGGUCGCUUUAGUACGAACGUCUUGCUUAGGUGUUAUGUGCGGAUCUAAUGCACUGCGAGGUUCAGUGUCCACCUGUAGCAUUCAUGAACAAACUGUUAUUUUACGCUGUGGCAAUCCUGUCAUAUGCC